UCGUCGUAAGGGUGUGUGUGUACUCAGUAUAUCGGUGAGAGAACGCCAGCUGAUUAACGUCUGCUCGAGCUAGUGUCACUUCAUUCGUGAUUUAGACCUACAACUAAAAUGUUCUUCUACAAAUGUCUCCUUCUUUUAAUCCCGUGUCUUCUGCACCAGGUGUCAGGCGGGUUGACAGGGCGAGAUAAGCCACAGGCCUGCACUAAGCCGAACGUUUAUUCCCGGUACAGCGAGUGUCCGCCCGGCUACUGCUGCGUGCGUGACGAGUUCCUGCCCACCGAUAUCUACUGUAAGAAGAUAGGCGACGAGGGCGACAACUGCACGACGCGGCAGACCGAGUCCGACUGUCCGUGCCGCGCCGGUCUGUACUGUAAACCUAACAUCCAGAGCAUGCAGUUCAAGUCGCUGUAUGGCAGGUGCACGAACGUGACGUCACCACAGCACCACUAGCAACGUGUAUUCGCCAUCGGUUACUAGGGGUCGUUUCUUCAUAAACAAAGAAUAUGUAAUUUAUCAAGAUAUUGUUUUAUUGUU